AGCACUAAUUCAUAGACGUCAUUUACUAAUAACCUCACAUUUUGGUACUGUUUCAUCUACUCUGAUAAUCGUUAUUUUUCAUCAAAAAAUGAUCGAAACGUGCCCUAGGAAACGAAUGCUUUUAGGAAUUUCACUUCUGGGAGCUCUCACAAUUUUAGUUCUUAUUGCUGAAUCUCAUUGGACUGAUAGGACAAAUCACAAAAAACAGAAUUUUGUGGUCGAGCAUAACGCUACCUGCUUUGAAAAAGAGCCUUUUGAAAUCGUAAAAGAAUGCGAACCUUGCACUGCAUUUGAAAUUGCAAGCAAAACAUCAGGUGUUUGUAUACACACACAUUACAAGGAGGUUCUCAAGUGCAAAAGUGGUGACACUGUUACAAGAAGCUGUGAUAGAGUUGCUUAUCUUGAAGAAAAAGCCUUUUGGAGAUUUGAAGGUUUUAUGUUUGUCUUUUCUGUAGUAUCAACUGUAUCUGUUUUUGCUCGAAGAAAUGUUCUCACCAAGAGGAUGAUGCAUAGGGUUCAAAAACAAUUGGCAAAUAGUGUUUAGUUAUUUAAGUAUCAUGGAUUCUC